AAGGCUUUAACGCAAUUACCUUUUAAAAAUGUAAAGGUAAGUGCGUAAACACAAUCUCGAUGGUUACCCUGCAGGCUAGGGGGUUUUGUUAGUAUGAUUUUUCCUUUUUCCUUUUUCCUUUCCUUUCCUUUAUUUUCAAUUAUUUUUCAUUACUUUCUUUCCUUUUCCAAUGGCGUACUUUAAUCCACUUCAACAGCAGCAGAUGGGAGGCAAUCCGCCACCAAUGCGCGGUGCCUUUUCACCAAUUGACCCACAGCAGCAGUUCCAGCAACAGCCUCAACAGUUCCAGCAACAACAGUUCCAACAGCCUCAGCCUCAGCAGCAGCAGCAGCAACAAUUUCAGCAACAGCCUCAACAGUUCCAACAGCCGGGCAAUUUGGGCACCCAACCCAACUUUGCCAACCCCUAUGGCGCCUUUGCCCAAAAUCUGCAGAAUAACCAGGCAGCACAACUCGGCAUGCAAUUCGCAGGCAGCGCAAUGAAUGCCAUGCAAGAAAACAUGCAGCAAAACGUAUCGAAAUACGUAAGCAUGCGCCAGCUCAAGCAUUACUUUGAAGUGUCCAACAUUUACGUCCUGGCCAAGCUCAAAACCCUGCUUUUCCCGUGGCUACAGAAGCAAUGGCACAGGCAUGCGGAGAGAGACCAGACCGGCCAGGUGGUCGGGUACAAGGCGCCGCGGGCGGAUAUGCAGUCCCCUGACCUGUAUAUUCCGACGAUGGGGCUGGUCUCGUAUAUUAUCGCGAUUGGUGUGAUUAUUGGGCGUUUGGGCGUUUUCCAUCCGGAAGAUUUGGGGUACACUGCGAGUUCGGCAAUGGGGAUUGUGGUUUUUGAGGUUUUGCUUGUUCGCAUGUUUUGUUAUCUGCUGAAUGUGGGUGCUGAGAUGCAGUUCUUGGAUAUUGUUGCUUAUAGCGGGUAUAAAUUUGUUCCUACUAUUUUGGUCGUUUUGUUGAAACCCUGGGCGCCCUGGUGGAUGACGUGGAUAGCUUUCUUUUAUUUCGGUUUUGCAUUGGCGUUCUUCAUGAUCAGGUCUAUGCGCUACGCCUUGAUUCCCGAGGCCGCCGAAGCUGUCAUGGGCGUGAGCACGCAUAGAAAGCGCAGGGUGCAUUUCUUGUUCAUUAUUGCCAUGAUGCAGUUCCUGUAUAUCUGGGUUUUGAUUCAAUACAAGUCACCAAAAGCUUGAAAGAAAAAUCAAGCUUUUCAAUAAAAUUUCAUUUAAUAUAAAACU